AACAAAGCUGACGAGGUUGCUUGACACUGGGUAUUUAGAUAUGGUAAAACCUGUUAGAAUUAUGAUAUUUAUUUCCAAUGAUACUGUAUUCUGAGCCUUUCAGAAGUCAUUGCUGGUCUUGGUGUUAACAACAAUUUUCUGAUAAGGAAAAAAUGUAAAAAUCAAUCAUUUAUAUUUGUAUGGGCAGUAAUGAUUUUCAAGAAUUUGUAUCAGUUUAAUAUAUUUAUAGCAUAUUAGAAAGGGCCCUUUUGACCAUAUGUACUGUCAAAUUGACAGUACAUAUGAAUGUAGAUUGUGGAUACUUGGGCAAUCACCAGUGCCCUGUGGCGACGUCGCCAACUAUCAUAUCCAAAUUAUCCUGUUGAUAUUUAUCAUUAGCAUUAAUUUCAGCGAUACUAAAAAACUGUCAUUGGCUGUCAAUAUGUUUUGUCAUAUCAUUGAGACAGUUCUCUCCAGUCCUUCAAAAUCGACCCUAGGUGGAAUUUUCUUGUACAGCGUAAAACAUACCAAACUUGUAAAAAUUUAAACUUUAAUGCAAUCUAAAACAAUUUCUACGGACACAGCAUCAUAAUGUUUGCUCGAUAUUCACAAAUACACAUACUAUAAUUAAUGGCUAUGUAGCCAUUAAUGUUGUCUGAUCCUUGGUUGAUAAUUGCCAACCUUGUAUUCAAACAAAUUGACUGUGUACUAAUUUCUAUCCUGUUUUAUGUGUCAUUCACAAGUUAGAAAUGUUCAUGUUCAAAUAAACGUUGCCCAUUUUACUAUGGUCUGUGUCAUACACUGAUUGGUUACUUACUAGCUUAUUUCUGGAGUCUAACUACACAACUAUACUAUCAGUAGUUUGAAAUAUUGUUUAUUGAAUUAUGUUUCCAUAUAUUUUCUGAGUCACCUGAUUAAAAGCUGUUCAUUUAAUUACGUGAAUUCGUAUUUAUAUUUACAAAAACCCGGCAUAUUCGUAACAAUGCUUUUUCUACUCGGUUACUAAUAUUGAUGUAUGUGGAACUUUUGGGAUUCGGUCAAAUUCGGUAACAUAUGACUAACAGUGCCUGUGAGUGCGUGAGUGUAUGUGUUUUUGGUGAAAUACAGAAGACAGACAUAAACAUGUUUUUUUCUAUUGUUCCAGACUGCGAACCUCAAAAUGAAACAAGUGUGUGUUAAAAUGUGAUGCACAAUGGCUAUGAAAUCAGUAAACUGGCGGGAUGAUAUCCUACAUCAAUUGCAGGAGAGAAACCAAAACCAAACCAAAUCCUACCAAGACCUAAUCACACAACAUAACAAGCUCUUUGAGAACUACAAUACACUUUACACAGAGAAUCUGCAUUUGAACAUACUCAAUGAGAAACUUAAAUCUGAAGGUAGAGGCGGAUUGGGCUCAAACAGUUCGAGUCUGGGCGAUAUACGAUUCCAAGAAAAAAUCCAACAGCUCGAACAGAAGCUGUUGGCGCAAGCUGAAGAGUUAGCUGAGCUUCAUAAACGAAAAGGCGAAAACGCACAGCAGAUCAUCGAUCUGAAUAUUGCUAUACAAGAAAAAGAUAAACAAAUAGCAACAAAAGAUGUUUCCUUGGCAGAUAGCGCCGCAAAGAUCAUCAGCCUCCAAGCCGAAGUCGAAAUGCUCACCAAAAGUAACAAAGAACUCAAAUAUCUCAACGAUACUCUGAGAGAUGAGCACCAAGCCUUACAAAUGGCAUUUAACUCGCUGGAAGAUAAGCUUAGGAAGCUGCAAGAUGAAAACCGGCAGCUGAUAGAACGACUGAUAAAGUACAAAGCGAAGGACGCGGAUAGGAUGAACGAAGAGAACGAUAAUUUUCUGAAAAAGCGGUACGCAAAGGUGCAGAAAGACAUUGAAGAUGCGUGUAGGGAUACUAGAGGGAGUUCUCCAGAUGAACUAAGUGAAGGCGUGGGGCCUCUGUACAAUCAAUCUAGUCUUCCGAGCAAAGUGAACGUCAAGUAUGAUGCUCAUGAAGGUGAGGUUAGUGCUGUCAAGUGGAGUCCUGUUGAAAGGAUUCUGGCAACUGGAGGGGCGGAUAGGAAAUUGAAGCUGUGGGAUAUUACGAAAGGUACUUUCGAAAACAAAGGAACUUUAGUAGGGAGUAACGCAGGUGUUAUGGCAGUCGACUUUGACAGCUCAGGCUCCCUGAUCUUAGGUGCGUCGAACGACUACGCGACCAGAGUAUGGACAGUAGCGGACCAACGCUUACGACAUACCCUUACCGGCCAUUCUGGCAAAGUUAUGGCGGCCAAAUUCCUCGGCGAGGCGUCUAAAGUAGUGACGGGUAGCCACGAUAGGACAUUGAAAAUAUGGGAUCUCCGUAGCAGGGCGUGCAUAGAGACAAAAUUCGCUGGUUCGAGUUGUAACGACUUGGUGACGGUGGACAGUGCGGGCUCGAUAAUCAUCAGUGGACAUUUUGAUAAGAGCAUAAGGUUCUGGGACAGUCGGUCGGAGACCAGCUGCAACAAUGUGCUUCUUAAUGGAAAAGUGACCUCCCUGGAUUUGACCAGGGAUGCGAAGUACCUGGUUUGCUGCGUUAGGGAUGACACGCUCAAGUUGUUGGAUCUCAGAAUGAAUCAGGUGGUAACCCUGUUCAGCUGUGACGGUUUCAAAGUAGGCUGUGACUACUCGCGUGCCACCUUCAGCCCGGACGGGCAGUACGUUGCGGUCGGCAGUGCAGACGGCGCCGUGUACAUUUGGGGCGUGAACAGUGCCAAGGUGGAGACCGUGCUUAAGGAGCACACCGUCGCUGUCACUGCGACGCAUUGGAACUCGUACGGCAAUUAUUUGGCCAGUGUUGACAGGAGCAGGAAAGUCGUGAUUUGGUGCGAUAUGCAAUGACUAUUGCACGGGGGAUAUCGUUUGCAAUGAUCAGUGUUUUGGCUGUUGUGUCUUUAUUUUCGACUGUGACUAAUUCCUAAGUCAUUUUAUUGGUUUUUUAUUAUUUUUCUUUAGCUAUAUGCAUAACAAGUUAUAUUUCAUGCUGUUGACUGAAAAUUAGAAUUAAACUUUGAAUAGUAGAGUGGAUCGGCUAUUGAAACUUGCAGGUCAAGUUUGAAACAGAUAGCUAAAAUGCUGUCGUAGAAUUUCGUGGUAGUUUUGGAAAUUAUUUUCUUUAGAUAUCAUAGUUUUCUUUCUUUGCCAUGUUUGAAUUUGACAAUUGUUUAAAAAAUUGUAAUGGUGGAAAAAAUAAAGGGAUGGAUUACGUUGUAUUAUAGAUCACACUGGUUCAGACUUGAAGCAUAUUAUGGAAAGUUAUCAGUCAAGUUGAGUUGCAUUAUCACGGGUUUAGAGAUGAUCAGCAAUAGCAAGAGGGAUGCCACAUGUCAAGGUAAUAAUAAUUCAAUAUUAAUUCGUGCCCUAAAUCGUGUAUUGGAAGUUUUUAUUUCAAAGGAUGCUUGACUGAUGAUAAUUUUCAAUCUAAUCGUCAAAAUAGUUUACGUGAAUCAUUGGAUGAGCAGAUUUUGAAAUUUUACGAAGCAACAACUUGUAUAUUUACAAAAAAUUAUCAUAAUUAAAUAUUACAACCAUAUUCAACGUUCAUAUUUUCCGAAAUUGGAGUUAUUACAAACAUUAUUGACAAGGACAGACAAUAUUAAAGGACGAUCAUGCCGGAAGGAAAAGAUUUGAAAGCAAUGUGAUUGGCAACAGCAACUUUGUGUUCGUUGCCUAAAUGACUAAAAUAUAUUAUCAGAUACGGAUUUUAGGGUUAGUUUGGUUUAUCGAGAUUUUUAUAAAAAUAUUUUCUCAUGUAAAUAUGUGUCUAAUCUUUUCGUUGUGGCGCGGUUUACUAUAUUUCAGUCACACAAAGCCUAUCUAACACCUAAGAAUCACAUACAGGUUAAUUUUGAAAUACCUUAAUACCCGUUCGUUACCUCUGAACAUUACUUGCCUCUGCGGUAUUGUCUACUUCUACAAGCUUACCGCAGAAUCUCGCUGAUUUUUUUCUCUGUCUUUGAACUUCAAACUAAUAUUUUAAGAACAAUAAUUUAUGGCAAUAUUUAGAGGCUCAGCAAUUACCAUGUUACGCAGGAAACGCCUAUAAACAUCAUAUUCCAUUAUAAUAUUAAUAAAAAUUAAUCGAUCUUGAAACCCCAAAUGCUAAUAUACCCGAUUUAUUUUAUGUUAUUUUUACAUAUACUCGUAUUACUUUAAAAAAAUGAGAAAACCGAAUUAAUUCUUCUCAAAUUAACUUACUUUAUUCACAAAAUCAACAGUGUCCUUUAGAUAUCAUAAUCUAUAUUGUUGAUUUUUACGUAAAUUGAUAUUCACGUAUUUUCAGUACAAAUGUAAGUUUACUCUGUAAAUAUUAUCACAAUAAAUAUUAAUAAUGUCUAUCCGGUAUUGAGAAACCAUUCUAAUGCUGUUUUAAUCCAUUUUCCAAGCAUCAUGAUAUACUACAGAUACGUUGAAAAAAUGUUCAAAAAUUUAACAUGGAUGGUAGGCAGGAAUAUCGUACUUGUAAUUUGAUUCGCAAAAAGGUUUUUUAAAACCGUAAUAAUUGAUAGAUCGCGUGCUGUUAUGAAUUCGCCUCGUUGCUAAAAUAACUAGGGAUGCACCGUGUACUUAGUUUGUACCCGGUACUCGUCCAAUUUUACCGAGUAUUCGGUUUCGCCGAGAAAUUACUCGGUCUAAACGCAAGACACCAAAAUUUUGUAAAUUAACGAAUUGCAUGUGUGACGUCCAAAGUCUUAGCCCAUAUGCUUUUCCCAUACCUUUCUGAUAUGUUCUGUAAGAAAUGAAAACAUCGUCAAACAGAUUAGCUAAGGUUAAAGUAUAUCUUUGCCGGAAUCUUUUGCCUGAUUUUUUAGUAAACAUGUCUUCUCUAGUUAGUCAGUGUAUUCACGGUAUUUGCGCAGCAAUUUUUUCAUCUACAAGGUGUUACUACUACAUGUGUUUUCAUAAAAAUACAGUAGUCCAUGAAUCAGCUACUAUGUGAGUUUAAAAUAAAACCGCAUUGUUGCCUUUCCUUAUGAACAAAUCAAAAACCACAUACCAAAAUUAAAAUCGAAAAAUAAUAGGAAUAACGAGUAACCGAUUUUGUGUAAAGGAACUCUUUACUCAUAUGUAAGGAUAAUUUAGGCUUUGCCUUUUGAUAUCUAAUGGUGUUGUUUCUUUUAUUCCUCCCCAAAGCCUGUUGAGAAAUCUCUAUGAUUUAAUUUCGGUGUUCGGGAUGACCAUGACUCGAAAGCGAUCCUUUUAAGCAAUUUUUCGAAAAUCGAGCAGCUUGGGUCUCGCGUUGCCUAUCAUGCAACAAAAAUGUACGUUUAAGACGUCGAGUACAUACCUUUUGAAUACCUUACAAAUGUGCUUAUUUUGUAAUAGCAGGAAUUGAAAGGUAUAUCAAAACCGAUUGUUUCAAAAAUGUAAUAUUAAAAUAUGGUUUCAAUUUUAACUCAGUUUUGUAGCCACUAAAUUCAAUAGUGAAAAACAUAUGCUUAGCUGUUGCACGACUCUUUAUAUAUUUUAAAAUCAAAACUUCUGAAACGCCCCAACCUACGACGGUUUACUCUACUAAGGGGCUACCUGACACUUUUGUAAGUAUGUCUUAAAUAGUUCACAUUUGUUCUAUUAUACCAAAAAAAAUGAAAACUAUUUUUUCAGACCCAAAAAACCGUAAAACUUUAAUCGAAACCUAAAAUUUUCUUAGACAGGUAAAAACGCUGUCCGCCAUGUUUGGCCCAAUGUUAACGUGCUCUGACAUUAUACCAUUUGUAAACAGCAUAACCUCUAAAAUGUUUAAACAUAUAAACAUGUCUUCAACAGGUUUACAUGAAAAAUAUAGUAAUUACCCUUAUUGUGUCGUCAGAGAAUGUAAAAACACGUCGAUAAAGAGCCCAGGAAAACUGUGGAUCACAGCUCGUGGAAAUAAAUAUACGCAACAAUGUGUAUUGAUUAAGUAGAACAGAAAUCGAGGUUGAAGGCAAAAAAAUACCAACCAUCAAAGUGUCAAUUUUCAGCAUAUUUGAGCUUUCUACUUUUACGAAUCCAGCGUCCAUGAUUGUUUUUUUUUUCAAUAAAACGAGAAAACGAUAACUUUUUACGUUGAUUAGGAGUUUUUUUGAAAUAUUUAAACAAGACAACGUUAGUCCACGAAUGACCCAAGGAUGACGUUUCUUUCUUUAGAGUCACGACCACCGUUAUCCAUCACAACCUGUCAUUUUACCGGCUAUGGCAGAAAUAGGUGCGUAUUAGCUGUUGGUAUGUUUAGUGUUAAUAUGUCUAACAGUAGAUGAAAUAACUUCAACGAGCACCCGGUACUCGGUAUUCGAAUCUGACCGAGUUUGCUGUACUCGGCCUUUUUAAAAAAGUAGUACUCGGUGCAUCCCUAAAAAUAAUUAUAACUAUUCCAUUAUUGCAAUUGUUUUAUACGUAUUUUCAAAAUCGGUGUGCACAAUCAUAACGAUUUUAGUAUAAAUAUAUUUUUUGUUUUCUCUUUAUAUGAAACCCAAGUAUAACCAUCACACUGUUAGAAUAUUUCGUAGUUAUUUACGAAAUUCGUUCAAUUUAUAUAACAUGUUAAGGUGUGUACAUACAUUUAGGUUCUAAGAUAAGUCUCUAUCUGUACGAUCGAAGUAAUUUUCGGAUUUUUUAAAAGAAUAAUGCUUUUUUUACUCCUCUGAAUAAAAAUUUUGGCUGUUAUGAUGGAAAAUAUUCAUUUCUUUUUUACAUGUGAUUUUUCCGUUUAAGAGUGACGGUGCCAUUGUA